AAAUACUACUCGUGACCCCGUAAAGUGAAAAAUCUCUCCCGUGAAACUUCUCGGCGGAUGGCGAGGCCGGUGUCGGAAUCCCGCAGCAACAUAGCCGCCGUUCAGGCCACCAACGACGAUGCAUCCGCCAGCAAACUGUCUUGCGUGAGGAAAGGAUACAUCAAAGAUGAUUAUGUUCACUUGUUUGUUAGAAGGCCAGUUAGACGAUCUCCCAUAAUCAAUCGCGGUUAUUUUGCUCGAUGGGCGGCACUUAGGAAGCUUCUAUAUCAGUUUCUUGACUGUGAGCCAAAUUCUGGUGAAGAAGGAAAAACUAAGAAACAAAUAGUAUCACUGGGAGCUGGCUUUGAUACAAUGUAUUUUCAGCUGCAGGAUGAAGGGAAAGCACCUCAUCUUUAUGUUGAACUAGAUUUCAUAGAGGUGACAAGCAAGAAAGCAGCUCUUAUUGAAAACUACAGUCAGUUGAAGGAAAAAGUUGGUGAAACAGCAUCGAUUUCUUCAGAGAGGGGAGAGGUGCUUGGUGAUCAUUACAAAUUGCUCCCUGUUGAUUUACGCGACAUAGAAAAAUUAAAUGAUAUUGUUACUUUGGCAAAUCUAGACCCAAGUUUGCCAACAUUUAUAAUUGCAGAAUGCGUUCUGAUAUACAUAGAUCCAGACUCUAGCCCUGCUAUUGUUGGUUGGGCAUCAAAAACUUUCUCUACGGCAGUAUUUUUCUUAUAUGAGCAGAUUCACCCAAAUGAUGCUUUUGGGCAGCAAAUGAUCCGAAAUUUGGAGACUCGAGGCUGUGCAUUAUUAGGAAUUUAUGCUACACCUACUCUAGAAGCAAAAGAAAAACUUUUCCUUGAUCAGGGAUGGCAGAAAGCUGUUGGUUGGGAUAUGUUACGAGUUUAUACUGAUUUUGUGGAAGCUCAAGAAAGACGCACGAUUGAAAGAUUGGAAUUGUUCGAUGAGUUUGAAGAGUGGCACAUGAUGCAGGUAAUUCUCCUCUUAGGAAAAAGCAGGAGUAAUUUGCUGGUCCCAUAUCUUAUUAUACGGAUUGCAAAUGAUAUCACCUUAUUCCUCCUAACCUUAAAACCGUAUACUGCUGGACAAUGGAUUGUUCAUGUCUUCUCUAAUCUUGAAACUAUAAAAUUAGUGUUGUGGCAUAAUAUCAACCAUUUUGAUUCACGCAAAAAGCAUAUUCUGUAUCCUCUGUAGCCUUUAACUCUGGCAUGGAUCAUGCAUCUAAACUGCUUGACACAUUAUAUUUCUGUGUGUAGGCCUCCAUUCAAGACUAAAUUGCUUUAGAUGAUAUGAUUAAAGGAAUUGGAUUUCUAAGGAUUACAAUAUAAUAUGAGACUUUAUUGGCCGAGGGAGAGAGAGGAAGUAAAAUUAUGCCAGUCAUCUUGUGGUCCCAAUUAUGUAAAUUUUACCCGAAGGGUUAUUUUUUCUCUUGCUAGGUUAUAUUUUUAGGUUUUGCUUGGUGGUAAGUCAUUUUACCUUUCCAGGUAUUAGAUCGGUGUUCAAAUACCAUCUACACCAUCCCCAAUUAAAUGCACCUAAAAACCAGGCUAUAAAUUCAGAGAUAUGUUGACAACUUCACAGUAAUAGUGUGCAGCUUUAGCCCAAAGUCAUGAAAUUUAAACUUAACUGAGAUUGUUUAUAAAAAUGACUUUUGAUUAGUUAUCCUGCAA